UCUGAUAGUAUUCAAAAUGUCGGUAGAUGGAGGGUGGGAGUUUGACAAAUUUGAUGAUGGUUCUUUGCAAAUUGUUGGAGAGGUGCAGCUGAAAAAAUAUGGAAAAUUUUUAGAAGACUAUGCCACCCAACUGAGAGAAAUAGAAGAGGCUUUGGAUGAUUCCAUUGGUGAUUCAUGGGAUAUGACUCUUGACCCAAUUUCACUACAGCUUUUGCCAUAUGAACAGACAUCACUACUUCAAUUGAUAAGAACAGACAACAAAAUCUUCAACAAAAUUAUCACAGUAUUUGCAGCAUUAUGUUGUGAAAUGCAGUCACUGAAACAUGAGGCAGAACAAAAGUUUUAUAAUGCAUUGUUGUUCUAUGGAGAAGGAGAGUCAGAUGAAGGAUUACAAGAUGGGGAUGCACAAGUACAAAUGGGAAAGAUGAUGUCACUAUUACAGGAACUGUCAUGUUUUGUCACCAGAAGUUAUGAAGUGGUUAAGAGUGUUGUACAACAGUUUUCAUGUUUAUACACAGCUUCAAGAUCAGGACCAAAGCUUAUAAAUGUUACAGACGUCCAUUUUCAGGUUGUGUAUGAACAUCUAGGUGAUUUACUGACUGUUUUGAUUACAUUAGAUGAGAUUAUCAACAAUCAUGGUACCCUGACAGAUCACUGGACCUUGUAUAAAAGAAUGUUGAAGUCUGUUCAUCAUGACCCGGGGAAAUUUGGUAUACAGCCAGACAAAAUGAGACCGUUUGAGAAGCUAAUGAUGCAGUUAGAAGGCCAGCUGUUAGAUGGAUUGAUAUUUCAAAAUUGUGUUGAGCAGCCAUUUGAUAGCCAGGCGGUAUAUGUUUCUAAGAAUCCUGUGUUUGCCGAAGAGUUUGCUGCCAAUAUCAGAGAAAUUUUACCAGAUCUAGAACAGAGAAUAGGAGAAAACAAUGAAAUGGACCAGAGAUACAAGUUUGUUGGUCUGUGUGGACUGUAUGUACUUCAUUUCCAGAUUUUCAGAGUCAUUGAUAAAAAAGUUUUCAAAUCAAUGUGGGAUGUUUACAAAAAGAUACCUUGUGUUCAUUUAAUGGGAAAUAUGGUAUGGUUUCCUACCCAAUUCUUGUUAGAGAAGUUACCACAGAUGCAGAAAGUGUUGGACAAGAAAGCAGAGAUGGCUGUUGGUUCAGCACAGUCGUCAUGGUUACAGCAGAGAAAUCAAAUGCUUUCUAGAGAUGUGCAGAAUUUUCACACAACAGUAUCAGCCUGGAUGAUAGAGAUGGACUCAAAAGUUACACAGAAAUCUCUCAUGGAAGAUCUCAACAAUAAAUGUGUUCUGUUCAUUCAGGGAUUACUGUAUGCCAAUAACAUUAAACAUCUGGUCCGAACUGUGAUGAAUCUACAUGUAGCCUUACAGAAACCAAUGACUAAAACUGCAGUUAUCUCCCUUUGUAGGUUGAUAGAACUGUUAAAGGCAAUAGAACACACAUUUCACAGGAGAACAAUGUUGAUAGCAGAUUAUGUCAGUCAUAUAUCACAGCAUUUAAGUUUCCUUCUACUCUCCUCCAUAUCAACAGCCAAGAAAAGAAUAACAUCAGACAAGAGAUAUAGUGAGAGAAAAUUGGAUGUAUUGUCUUCUUUAGUGUUAGCAGAAACAGCAUUAAAUGGGCCAGGUACAAAAGAGAGAAGACUCAUUCUGCAAUUAGCCUUAGCAGUAGGGAAAACCAUGAAAACCUUCAGAGAUGAUGAAUUAAGUACUAUGAAUGGAACUAUAAGGAAGUUAGAGGCUAUAUGUGAUCUAAGAGAAAGUGUGAGAAAGGCUUGUGAUUGCAGUUUUCUGUACUGGCAUAGAGUAGUUUUCCCAAUUUAUCUAACAGACACUUUUGACAACCUUGUUGAUCCACACAGAAUGCAUUACAUAUUUGGUGCUUUACGAGACUCUGUGCCUCCAAUGGCAGCUGUAAAACACAUUACUCCUACAGAACUGAUGGAGAGGUUUGAUAAAGAAGUAUAUGGAUAUCUGAAGGAGUACCUGUUAGACCCUUUGUGUAGAGAGAUAGAAACAGACUUACGACUACAGAUACAUGCACAUCUUCAGCUUGAUGACAGAAAUCCUUUCAAAGUAGGCAUGAAAGAUAUGUCACAAUUACUGAAAGUCCGACCAAUCAGAUUCUUUGAUAGAUACAUUAAUAUCAAAGGUUAUGUAGAGCAUUAUUUGAACACAACAUUUUACAAUUUGACAACAGUAGCACUCCAUGAUUGGAAAACCUACGGUGAAAUGAAACACAUGGCAGAGCAGAAAUAUGGUCUUAAAUUAAUAGAAUCACAUCUACCUAGUCAAACAUUGGAACAGGGACUAGAUGUUCUAGAGAUUAUGAGAAACAUUCAUGUAUUUGUGUCAAAGUUUCUAUAUAAUGUCAAUAAUCAGAUAUUUGUAGAAAAGUCUAGCAAUAACAAACAUCUCAAUACAAUCAACAUCCGUCACAUAGCUAAUUCUAUCAGAACUCAUGGAACAGGAAUCAUGAAUACAACAGUAAAUUUUACGUACCAGUUCCUGAGGAAAAAGUUUUUUAUUUUCUCCCAGUUUAUGUUUGAUGAGCAUAUCAAAUCCAAACUAAUAAAGGACUGGAAAUUUUUCAAGGAAAAUCAUCUUCAGACCGAUCAAAAGUACCCAUUUGAGAGAGCAGAGAAGUUUAAUAAACAAAUAAGAAACCUUGGUUUAACACCUGACGGAGAAAGCUAUUUAGAUCAGUUCAGAGUGCUUAUUACACAAAUUGGAAAUGCUAUGGGUUACAUAAGGAUGAUUAGAUCUGGUGGUCUCCAUUGUUGUAGUAAUGCUAUCAGAUUUGUACCAGAUUUGGAAGACAUUGUCAACUUUGAGGAACUUUGUAAAGAGGAGGGAUUGUCCUUGGAAUGCCAGACUGCUGCUAAGAAUUUAGAUAACGUUGUAAACAAUCUGGUACAGAAUUUUGCUGAAGGAACAGAAUAUUUUAAAAUGUUAGUUGAUGUUUUUGCACCAGAAUUCAGGAAUACAAAGAACAUGCAUCUGAGAAACUUUUUUGUCAUCCUUCCACCAUUGACUGUUAACUUUGUUGAACAUUCCAUAAGUUGUAAAGAAAAAAUGAACAGAAAGAACAAAGUUGGUGCUGCAUUCACUGAUGAUGGACUUGCUAUGGGUAUUGCCUACAUUUUGAAGUUAUUAGACCAGUAUCAUGAAUUUGACUCACUACAUUGGUUCCAAUCUGUGAAAGAUAAAUUCAGAAAAGAAAAGGACCAAGUAGCCAAGCAGCAGCAAGGUAUGUCAGGACGUCCUGAUGAGAAACUACAGCAGACUAUGACCCUAACAAUCAGAAGAUUAGACCAGUAUAUACAGGAGUAUGAUUUGUUUUAUUACUCACUCAGUAGUGCCAGAAUAUUCUUUAGAGCAGACAAGACUGCUGCAGAGGAAAGUGAAGAAAAAGAAAAGGAUGUAUCUGGUGGUACUGCACCAGCUGAUGCCUCCUCAACUACCCAAAGUUCUACAGGUGGUGACCAGACAAGUUCAACUGGACCUCCUCCACCACCACCAGAAGUUCCAGGUGUUCCAGCUCCUCCUCCUCCUCCUCCACCAGGUGGUGCACCACCACCACCACCUCCUCCUCCUCCCCCUCCACCCCCACCCCCACCCCCACCACCUCCACCACCACCAAUGUAAACAUAUGGUGGAAAUAUAGACAAUGAACAGAUGUUGUUUUUAAAGGAUGAAUACUGAAGUUGUUGUUAUUUACUGAUUGAUCUUACUACUUUGAACUAGAAACAGACAAACAUUGUUCUUUUUAUAUAAAAAAAUAAUUGUGGACUUAUUAUUCUGUAUGUUUACCUUUGCAGCAGUCUCAUUAUUUGUCGGAGAUAUUUUGUAAUAUAAAAAUGCUACAUACAGUCAAACCUGCCAUAAAGUCACCUAUUUGAAGCGAAAACCUGUCUUGUCGAGCUGCCCUUUUAUUGUCCCUUGUAUCAGUAAUUAUGCAUUUUGAACCUCAAUCCAAAGAGCACCACCUCUAUUUUAAUGUCAGUUUAUUUUGGUCCUGAAGGUGACCUUUAUGAACAGGUUUGACUAUUCACCUUUCAGAUGUAUUUUAUUGAACUGGAAGAUUGUUAAAUUAUAACAUAUUUUAUUUGUGUUAUACUAUGUUGUUAUAUAUAAAAGUCUAUGCUAUAUUUAA